UCGACUACUUGUUUAUAAUUUUAGUAAUAAAAUCCAAUUUGAUUCGUAACUACCACUAAGCACCAUGGGACUGCUAAUAUUUUUCGCGACUUUCAAUAUUUUUAUCAUUGGUGCGAUAAUUAGUCGUGUCGAUUGCAUAAUUGUGAAUUUUUCUGGAAAAAUAGCCGACAACCGAACAAUCUCGGAAUGUGUAAAUGGCUACAAAUCACCGUUGAAAACUCGUAAUUCGAAAAUGUAUAUGACUACAUCGCAAUAUGCGCUGAAGGAAGAUUAUCUAGCUGAAGACCAUGUGAUUAAAACCGAAGACGGAUACAUCUUAACAUUGCAUAGAAUUUUCGGAAGACAAGGGGCCGCUCCAGUUUUCCUACAACAUGGACUCAUUGGGAGCUCCUUCGAUUGGCUUAUAAGCGGCAAAAGAAAUGCUUUAGCCUUUAAACUAGCCAAUGCCGGAUAUGAUGUUUGGUUGGGAAAUUUUCGGGGCAAUACUUACUCGCGUUGUCACACCAAAUAUGGAACUUCUACUUCCGAAUUUUGGAAUUUUAGUUGGCAUGAGAUGGGUAUCUACGAUUUGCCAGCAAUGAUUACAUAUGUUAAGAAAAGAACUGGCCAAAAAGUAAUAUACAUCGGACAUUCCAUGGGCACAACUGCAUUUUUCGUGAUGGCCAGUGAAAGACAUGAUAUGGCUUCAAAGGUGAAGGUGAUGUUUGCUUUAUCUCCGAUUGCUUAUAUUGAUCAUAGCACAAGUCCAUUGCAUCUACUAGCACCAUAUACUCAACUGAUGGAGGUUUUUGCGAAAGCCGAUGGAACAGCUGAAAUUCUGUCGCAAACUCCUACUUUGAAAAGGGCGCUUCAGUUUGCCUGUAAUUCAUCAACUUCACAAAAAAGAGAUUGCAGUAGAAUACUUUUCUCUGCUUUUGGCUUCAAUCCCCAACAAUUUAAAUACUCGCUUCUUCCCGAUAUUUUGUAUCACGUUCCAGCCGGAACUUCAUUGAAAGUUUUAAUUCAUUAUUUUCAAGAAUAUAACUCUGGCAAAUUUGUACAUUACGACUACGGUGCGGAGAAAAAUUUGAAAUUAUACAACGGCACUAAGCCUCGAAGUUAUCGUGUUUCAAAAAUUACGAUUCCAGUUGGACUGAUUUGGUCUGAUAGCGAUCUACUUGCAAACCCUAUAGAUAUCAUGCGGUUAUUUGGACAAUUACCGAAUACGAUCCUAUAUUAUCGUGUCAAUAGCACAAAAUUUAAUCAUCUUGAUUAUUUAUACGCCAUGGAUGCACCAAAGUUAGUGUACAAAAAACUGUUAUCUAUUGCAAACAUGAAGGCUUUAACCUCAACUUGUGUUGCUAUGGCACUGAUGAGUGCUUUACCCCUGUACUAUGAUUUUUCAGAAAGUACAAGUUUCGAUUUGGAUAUAACUACACCAGAAAUGAUAAGAAAAGAAGGUUACCCAGUUGAAGAGCAUACUGUUUUGACGGAAGACGGAUAUUUUUUGACGAUGCACCGAAUCCCCGGAAAGUCAGGAGAUCCAACUGUUUUUAUACAACAUGGAAUGCUGUCCAAUUCGUUUGAUUGGGUCAUUAGUGGCAGAGAAAAAGGGCUUGGUAAUUCAAUGAUUUAUAUGUUUGUUUAAGCCUUUAUCUUAGCUGAUUAUGGCUAUGACGUGUGGUUGGGAAAUGCAAGAGGAAAUACUUAUUCGAAACAUCAUAUUAGCCUCGAUUCGUCGGAUCCUCGUUUUUGGGAUUUCAGUUGGCAUGAGAUGGGUUUAUACGAUUUACCAGCUGAAUUGACGUACAUUGCAAAUUUGAAGAACGAUUCGAUAACUUACAUCGGUCAUUCAAUGGGGACGACAAUGUUUUACGUCAUGGCUAUUCAGAGACCUGAUAUUGCACUUAAAAUAAAAGCCAUGUUCAGCUUUGCUCCUGUAGCAUUUACGACUAAUAUUCAAACUCCUAUAAGAUAUCUGGCUUCUUCUGUUUACAAUAUGGAGUCCUUUAAUCAAUUUCUUGGAAUAAAUCAACUACUACCUCAAAGUUACUUUACGAGAUUAGUCAAUAAAUAUAUAUGCACCAUUAAGUUGAACAAAAGUAAUCUUUGUCUUGAAUUUAUUUACACUCUGUGUGGUCGCAGCUCUCAACAAUUCAAUGACACACUUUUGCCAAUUAUAUUGAGUCAUACUCCUGCGGGAACGUCUAUGAAAUCUUUUUAUCACUACCUUCAAAACCAUGACUCUGGAAGAUUUCAGUACUAUAACUAUGGGGCAGAGCAAAAUAUGCUAAUUUAUAAUAGUACAGAGCCACCAGAGUAUGAUCUAUCAAAAAUUCAAGUGCCCAUUGGGAUCUUCUGGUCAGAUAACGAUUAUUUUUCGCAUCCUUUGGAUGUGAAAAGGUUCUAUGAGUCCAUUCCACGAAAAGUUCUUAAUUAUAGAGUAAAAAAUAUAGAAUUUGGUCAUAUUGAUUAUAUGUGGGCCACAGAUGCGCCAAAACUUCUUUAUUCGAAGUUACUAUCGUUUAUGGAAAUUCAUCGAGACAUGAGAUUUCCGUUUUAAAAUGACAAUUUAUCUGUACAAAAAUCAACGUAGAUGUUUUGGACUGAAGAGAACUAAAUUAAACAUCGAAUCAUUUUUAUGUAUUAACUUAUUGCUGAGAGAUACGCAUAUAUUUACAUAGUGUAGUUCUGUAAAUAAAAGUCUAAUUUGUUGAAGUAGAGUUGAUCGAUAACAAUUAUAAUCAAAAGAAAGUAACUUAUAAUUGAAUCGUGCAUUGUUUUACGAUUAUAUCAAAUUUUUAUUAUUUCUUACAAUUAAUGUAAUGUACAAUG